CUGGGUUCGUUGUGGCGCCUGUGAAGGAGGGAGCAGGUUGAACAAUCGAGUGGGCGCGCCAGGACUCCCCGGCUCCGGGCGGGGAGAGGAGAGGGAGCCCCGAUUCUGCGCAGGGAGGGGGCGGGGUUGGGGGCCCCUGGAACGAGGAGGCGGGGGUGGCCACUGGGAUGAGAAGCGGUCACCCCAAAGAGGCGAGAUUUCGUUGAGAUCGCACAUUAAUUGAAGAUAUCUGAUUAAUUCCAGAGUCUUAUGACUAUAAAUGGUGAUUCUCUACCAAGGUGUCUAUAUUAAAAAAAAAAAAAUCAAUCCGUGUCAUCCCCCACGUCAGGCCUGCUCGUGGGCGUGAGGCUGUACUUCCUCCGCCCCCUCCUAAUGGAGUGAACCAUUCCCAGCUCUCCCCCCCCCCCAGCCUCUCACUCUCUCGCUCUCUUUCUGUCUCUUCCUCGCUCCCUCUCUUUCUCUCCUCCCUCUGCCUUCCCAGUGCAUAAAGUCUCUGUCGCUCCCGGAACUUGUUGGCAAUGCCUAUUUUUCAGCUUUCCCCCGCGUUCUCUAAACUAACUAUUUAAAGGUCUGCGGUCGCAAAUGGUUUGACUAAACGUAGGAUGGGACUUAAGUUGAACGGCAGAUAUAUUUCACUGAUCCUCGCGGUGCAAAUAGCUUACCUGGUGCAGGCCGUGAGAGCAGCGGGCAAGUGCGAUGCAGUCUUUAAGGGCUUUUCAGACUGUUUGCUCAAGCUGGGCGACAGCAUGGCCAACUACCCGCAGGGCCUGGACGACAAGACGAACAUCAAGACCGUGUGCACAUACUGGGAGGAUUUCCACAGCUGCACGGUCACAGCUCUUACGGAUUGCCAGGAAGGGGCGAAAGAUAUGUGGGAUAAACUGAGAAAAGAAUCGAAAAACCUCAACAUCCAAGGCAGCUUAUUCGAACUCUGCGGCAGCGGCAACGGGGCGGCGGGGUCUCUGCUCCCGGCGCUUUCCGUGCUCCUGGUGUCUCUCUCGGCAGCUUUAGCGACCUGGCUUUCCUUCUGAGCGCGGGACCAGGUCCCCCCUCCGCUCAUACACCCACACUCACUUCAUGCUCCCGGAAAUCGAGAGGAAGAGCCAUUCGUUCUCUGAGGACGUUGUGAUUCUCUGUGAUGUUGAAAACACUCAUAUGGGAUUGUGGGAAAAUCCUGUUUCUCUCUUAUUUUUUUUUAAUUUUGUUUGAUUCCUUGUGUUUUAUUUGCCAAAUGUUACCAAUCAGUGAGCAAGCAAGCACAGCUAAAAUCGGACCUCACCUUUAGUCCGUCUUCACACAAAAAUAAGAAAACGGCAAACUCACCCCCAUUUUUAAUUUUUUUUAAUUUUAUUUUUUUGGCAAAAGAAUCUCAGGAAUGGCCCUGGGCCACCUACUAUAUUAAUCAUGUUGAUAACAUGAAAAAUGAUGGGCUCCUCCUAAUGGGAAAGCAAGGAGAGGAGAAGGCCAGGGGAAUGAGUUCAAGAGUGGUGUCCACGUGGGAAUCAUCUGAUGAAAAAUCACGCUCGCGUCUUUCUUCCACAGUACCUUGUUUUGAUCAUUUCCACUGCACAUUUCUCCUCCAGAAAAGCGAAAACACAGGAGUGUGGGCUUUGCAUCUUAAGGAUAAGAGAGAGAGAAAGAGUUUGGUAUAGUGAGGCAGGUUGUCAGAAGAGACACGAGGUCACCAGGGGCCGGUUUCACCUGCUAUUGUCGACGCCGCGGUCAGGUCCACUGCCUUUAUUUUCCCUCCUCUCUCUUGUUUUAGCUGUUACACAUACAGUAAUACCUGAAUAUCCAACGGUAUAGAUCACAAGGGGGUAAUCAAUGUUAAAUCUAAAAUAGAAUUUAAAAAAAAAAGAUUUUGACAUAAAAGAGCCUUGAUUUUAAAAAAAAAGAGAGAGAUGUAAUUUAAAAAGUUUAUUAUAAAUUAAAUUCAGCAAAAAAAUUUGCUACAAAGUAUAGAGAAGUAUAAAAAUAAAAGUUAUUGUUUGAAA